GGAGGUGGAAACUCCUGCAUCCUACUGGAGUGCCCGCGGACGUGCGUGGUGAGAGGGCGCGUGGCUGUAAUAGAGGUUUGUUGCUGGAGCGCGUGGCUCGUGCGCGGAAGUCAGAGGUGACCGAAAGCCAGACGUCGCUGUAGAAGCUGAGACCGCGAGCUAUGGUGGGGAAAUCCCGGCGGCGCGGAGCGGCCAAGUGGGCAGCUGUGCGAGCUAAGGCAGGUCGUGACCCAGCAGACGAAAAUGAUGACAAUUUGGAAUCUCCACCCUCACCAGGGGACUCCAGCUACUACCAAGAUAAGGUAGAUGAUUUCCAUGAGGCCCGAUCUCAGGCUGCCUUGGCUAAGGGAUGGAGCGAAGUGGAGAGUGGGGCCGAGGAAGAGGAUGGCGAUGAGGAGGAGGUGCUUGCCCUAGAUAUCGCCGAUGAGGACGAUGAAGAUGAAGAGAGUGCGGGGAAUGAGGAGGAUGACGAUGAUGAUGGUGGGAGCUCCAUGCAGAGUGAGGCUGAGGCCUCGGUGGAUCCCAGUUUGUCGUGGGGUCAGAGGAAAAAACUUUACUACGACACGGACUAUGGUUCCAAGUCCCGAGGCCGGCAGAGUCAACAAGAAGUAGAGGAAGAGGAAAGAGAGGAGGAGGAGGAGGCACAGCUUAUUCAGCGGCGUUUAGCCCAAGCUCUGCAAGAGGACGAUUUUGGAGUUACCUGGGUGGAGGCUUUUGCAAAACCAGUACCUCAGGUAAAUGAGGUUGAGACACGGGUCGUGAAGGAUUUGGCGAAAGUUUCAGUGAAAGAGAAGCUGAAGAUGCUGCGAAAGGAAUCGCCAGAGCUCUUGGAGCUGAUAGAUGACCUGAAAGUUAAGUUGACAGAGGUGAAGGAUGAGCUGGAGCCAUUGCUACAGUUGGUGGAGCAAAAGAUCAUUCCACCUGGAAAAGGAAGCCAAUACCUGAGGACCAAAUACAACCUCUAUUUGAACUACUGCUCCAACAUCAGUUUUUAUCUGAUCCUGAAAGCUAGGAGAGUCCCUGCACAUGGACAUCCUGUCAUAGAAAGGCUUGUUACCUACCGAAAUUUGAUCAACAAGCUGUCAGUUAUGGAUCAGAAGCUAUCCUCUGAGAUUCGUCAUCUACUCACACUUAAAGAUGGUGCUGGAAAGGCAAAACUGAAUCUAAAAGCAAAAUCCACAAAGGCCAAGCCAAAAUCUGUUUCUGCUGUUGCUGCCUCCGCUGUUACAGACCUUUCUGAUGAUUCUGAUUUUGAUGAAGCUGCGCUGAAAUACUAUAAAGAAAUAGAAGACAGACAAAAAUUGAAGAGAAAGAAAGAAGAAGAUAGUACUGAGGAGCGGGCUCUUGAAGUUCAAAAUGCAAAGAGAGCCAUUACUUAUCAGAUUGCUAAAAAUAGGGGACUUACACCUAGGAGAAAGAAGAUUGAUCGGAAUCCCAGAGUGAAACACCGGGAGAAGUUCAGAAGAGCCAAAAUUCGCAGAAGAGGCCAGGUUCGUGAAGUUCGUAGAGAAGAGCAACGUUAUAGUGGUGAACUAUCUGGCAUUCGUGCAGGAGUUAAAAAGAGCAUUAAGCUUAAAUAAAGUUUUUGCUUAGCUUAA